AUGACCAGAUCAGUAGGCUUAUCACAACAAGAAAGAACCAUCAGUAACCACAAGUAUAAGCCUUACCAUCCCAAACAACAUUCUAAGACAAAUUCACUCUUUUCACUCUACUCACCAAAAUUCUCCAUCUAUCUCCUAAUCACUUGUGCCAUUAUUUUCAUUCUUUUCCAAAUUCAAUCUUUACAAACCCCACCUUCUUCUCCUUUCUCAUCUCUCUUGCCAUCAUGGACAUUCUUGAAUCAAUGGCAAAAAGUCAUCAUCAACACAAGUACAAGCAUAUCAACUUUCAAUCAUGAUCACAACUGCAACAAUGAUCAAGAUAAUCUCACCAAAUCAAUGGCCGUGAAACUCCGCGAGUCAGUUACUUUUCUUCCUCUGAAAGACUUACGUUACUCCUCCACAGCUCAACAAGGACACACAUGGUUCAUGAGUUCCAUGUAUGACACACAUGAAGAAGGUGAAGUCCAAUAUCAAAGAUUCCCUUCAAAUGCAUCAAAAGGUAGAGUUUUGUGCCUUAAAGGUAAUGACACUCAUGAUGGUGCAUGGAAUUACUAUGCACUAGCAUGGCCUGAAACAUUGCCUUACAAUUCCACCUUAAAAAAAGGUCUCACAUUUGUAUCUUACAAUCACUAUAAUUAUGAUAACAUUUGGCAUGGCUUGUCAGCUAUGGUACCAUUUGUAGCAUGGCAUAUUAAAAACCAAUGUUCACUUGUUCCACCUAGAUGGAUUUUGUACCAUUGGGGUGAACUUAGGAUUAAAAUGGGACCUUGGUUGAAAUCUUUAAUGGAAGCUACAUUUGGUGAACCACUUCAUAUUGAAACAAAUUAUGGAAAUCAAGAAUCUGAAAACAAUAUGAUUGCUUCUUGUUUUGAGGAUGCUGUGGUGAUGAGACAUAAUGAAGGGGGCAUGUCUAGACAGAAAAGGAUACAAGUAUAUGAUUUACUAAGGUGUAAGGCCAGAAUUUACUGUAAUGUGAGCUUAGAAGGUAGGUUGUCGGAGGUGAACGAAGGGGGAUUGCCGGUGGUCGGAAUGACAAUGUAUAUGAGGACUGGACCAAGAUCUUUCAGGAAUGAAUCAGUUGUGAUUAAAAUCUUUGAAAAGGAAUGUCAGAAGGUGGAGGGCUGCAGAUUCAUAGUUGCUUACUCCAGUAAUCUCACUUUUUGUGAACAGGUGAAGGUGAUGAGUUUGACAGACAUACUGAUAUCCCCACACGGAGCACAAUUAACAAACAUGUUCCUCAUGGACAAAAACAGCAGUGUGUUAGAGUUUUUUCCCAAAGGGUGGCUCAAACUUGCAGGCGUAGGCCAAUAUGUGUAUCACUGGAUAGCUAGCUGGUCGGGGAUGAAACACGAGGGAGCUUGGCGUGACCCUGAUGGUGAUCCCUGCCCUUACUCCGACGACGAUAGGCGUUGCAUGGCCGUUUAUAAAGGUGCCAAAAUUGGAUACAAUGAGACAUAUUUUUCUGAAUGGGCUAGAGGUGUUCUCAGUGAGGUGAGAAUAAGGAAGAAGGAAGAGUUAGCCUCAAAGAAGAAGAAUUCAGAUCAUGCUAUUCCUAGUGGAUGUCAAUGUAGUAGCUAA